AUGGGCGAUGUUCCCAAUGGCCAUCUAGUUGUUCGGCAUGGCGAUGACCAUGUUUCAUUUAACUUACCCGACCAAUACUCAACCGAGAUCGAGAACGCCUUCUUGCGGACUGGAGUUUUACCGCGGCAAUCCAACGAUAGCUCUGUGACUGUCUACGCACCGCCUAUGAAGAGAGGUCCCAUUGCUGACCCUUACAACGUUCCGACUGGGUUUUUGGCGGGCGACGUGGAUAGUGCAUGGUUAUGA